AUGUCGGGAAGGCAGGAUCUCAGCGAGAAGCUCGUUCAGAUCGACUCAGACUUGCACGAGCACGAGGUUGUGGUGGCCACGCUUAGGAAUCUUCCAGAAAAUAGAAGAUGUUGGCGAAUGGUGGAUUCGUGUCUUGUGGAAAUGUCGUGUAAGGAUGCUGCGGCAGCACUCUCUUCAGCCAUUACAGGAAUGAAGAAAAGCACAAAGCAAAUGUCAGAUGAGGUUGGGAAGAAGCGGGAGGAGUUCACGCAAUGGAAGCAGAAGAACAAUGUGAGGAUUGUUCGUGCCGAGUAG